AUGUUAGAAGAAACAAAAGACACCCUUAUAAUAAAAGCAUGUAAUGUUUUGCUGAAAGACACUUACGUUGACGACAUCACGUCGGGAGCUGACUCAAUAGAGGAUGCGUUGGCGCUUCAGAGCGCGAUCAUGGAGGUUCUGGCGUCAGCCGGAUUUAAAGCCAAAAAAUGGUGUUCAAAUUCAAACCAUUUUUUACAUGGCUUAGACCCAGAUCAACGAGCGCCAACGACUGUACGAUCUCUAGGAAGCGCAAGCGAUACAGUAGAAACGUUUGAUGAAACAAAAACGUUAGGU